AUGAUUGAUCCCCAGCUGCUUGAUGACCAUCAGGAACUCGAAACAAACGUACAAGGCACCUCGGCGGCCACCAGCCUUGCACGUGGUCACCGCAACCCGAUCUAUGCUGCUCGCGGCGGCCUAACACGUCGCAACCCCGGCCGUAACAUCGCUGUGGAGAAUAAUGAGUUGGAUGAUGCGCCCUAUGCGCCAGACCCACUGGCGGAGAAAGACAACUCCGAUCCUCUUGAUCUGGUUAGCAAGAGGAUGAAGGACCUCGAUCUGGUGCAACAGAAGAGUGUCGUGGCCAGACAGUUUCGCCUGGUUACUGGUGUCAGCAAAAACGACAAGUGGCCAAAGUGGGGGGAACAAAUGCCUGGGAUGUCUGUCAAUUUCGAGGCCCAGGUUAAUGAGUCCGACAACCCAGACCUAAUCGUCAGGGUUGCCGAAGUAUCUAUGCAAGAGCUCAAGGCCCAUUCUUCUGUCCACGCGACGUGGAUGAAUGCACUCAACGUCAAAUUGACGUAUGCAGUAUUGCGCGAAUUGGUGAAGACAAGUUUUCGUGGCUUCCGGACGAUGUACAAGGCGCAAAUGGAUCAAGAAAAAGCCAGCCGACAGAAGAAGAAUGAACAAGCGUCUCGAUGGCAAAACCGGCGCAACAAAAAGUGCGACAGGCUUAUGAGCGCGGUGCCUCGAUAUAUGGAGAUCCACGGUGUUGAUCCGUCAGACCUCCUUACACCGGACUUAAUGUCCGACGAAGCCAGCGGCCCUGAGGAUGAUGCAGACAACGAGGCUGUAACAACAUGGCGACGUCAGAUGGCUGAACACGCCGGAAUAACUGGUAAAACUGAUACUCAGCUGGCCAAAAUGAGCUUUUUCGAGGUGAUCAAACCUAACUGGCGAUCAGAUGAGUUAACAAAAGUUUUCCGGGACCUAUCGGAGCUAUUCAAUGAGUCAGUGCCCAUCAAGUCUCUUCGGAUGAUGGUGGAACGCAUACGCGACGCUGGCCGUUCCACUGAUGAUGUACCUGGGUACGCGCCGUACGACUUCGGGGUCAACAUGGAGUGGUACGAGAGAGUGAAAGAGACGCACGGCAGAUGUCUAGGCGGUUGGCUCAAGCAUCCCGACCCGCCAGGCUUUGGAGAGAACGUGACCUCCACGGAGCUGGGCACCUCCGAAACGUGA